UCCUCCCACCGAGAGCGGGCGGACGCUGGAGCUUCGAGCAGAACCAGCAGCUGCUCGCUCCCGGCAGUGAUCGAGGAGCCGCGCCUGUGUGUGGUGGCACUGACCGGGGCUGCAGGACCACGAGCAGGAAAUAAAGCCCCGAAGCACCGACAGGAAAUGAGUCGCUGCACAUGAGACAAGAAGUCUGAAGCUUCUCUGAACAGCAAUAUCACAAAGUCCUCCAUCUGCCAGCUCAGGAGCAUUGCCAGGACUAGGUAAUUUCUUUCAGGUGUCCGUGAAGGUCGCAGCAGUUACAGUGACAUGGGCCUCAAAAGUAAUUACACACCCUGCAGAGCUAACACAGGAGCGCUGCCUGAGCUGCCGAGCAGAAAAUGACUCAGAGAAAUGGAAUCAGAGGGACGAGCGAUCGCUGCCUCCACUCGGAGGCCGCCGUGGUUGGCGAUCGGGCCAAAGGCGUGGAGCGGGAGAAGGUUCCAGAGGACUGUGAAUCCGAGGAGGGAGGACGGGGAAGCUCGGUGGCUGUAACGGGAGUAGUCGAAGCUCCAGAUGGCGGUUGGGGCUGGAUGGUGCUGGUUGCCACCAUCUUGGUCCUGGCUUUGACCCUGGCGUUCCCCUCCUGCGUGGGAAUCUUCUACACCGACCUGCAGAAUGAGUUCCACGCCACCAACAGCGAAACCUCCUGGGUGCCCUCCAUCAUGACGUCGGUGCUUCACGCGGGAGGUCCCUUUUGUAGCGUGUUGGUGGAGAAACUCGGUUGCCGAGCGACGGUCAUGUUGGGCGGAGUCCUGAGUGGGCUUGGGAUGGCUGCCAGUUCGUUUACCCAGUCCAUCGGCGAGCUCUACAUCACAGCUGGGGUUAUUACAGGUCUUGGUUUCUGCUUCAGCUUCCAACCCGCUGUUACGAUCCUCGGGCACUACUUUGUGCGCCGCCGUGCGUUUGCCAACGCCAUGUCCUCCACAGGCACAGCGCUGGGACUGUGCACUCUGCCCGUCCUGGGCAACUACCUCCACACAGAGCUGGGCUGGAGGGGCAGUUUCCUCGUUUUGGGGGCUGUCCUGCUUAACUGCUGCGUAUGUGGCGCAGUGAUGAGGCCCCUCCAGCCCCCAAAGCAUCGAGGCCAGCCCCUGAUGAACCACGGACCCCCUCCGCCAGAGGAGGAAGGCGUUAAGAAGAAAAAAAGCUGGCCAAGAACGAUAUGGAGCUUCCUGGUGGCGUCCAUGAGGAAACACAUGGCCUUCGAUCAGUUUCUCAACAACUCACGUUACUGUGUGUACUCUAUAGGCAUCACCUGGAUGAUGCUUGGGUUUGUGGUUCCCUUGGUGUAUCUGGUUCCCUACGCCACAGCAAACAACAUGGAGCAGGGCCGCGCCGCGCUGCUGCUCUCCAUCCUGGGCAUCGUCAACAUCGUGGUGCGGCCACCGUUUGGCAUCAUCUUCAACAUGCCCUGGUUCAAAGGGCGACACAUCUAUGUAUUCUCCUCAGCUCUGCUGGUCAACGGGCUCAGUAACAGUAUCUGCUGCAUCGGGCCCAGCUUUAACGUACUCAUCAGUUACGUGGUCGUCUACGGGCUGUCCAUGAGCGUGGUGGGCUCGCUGAUGUUCACCGUCCUCAUGGAUAUAGUGGAGAUGAGCCGCUUUCCCUCAGCUCUGGGCCUGCUCGCUAUCAUGGAGAGCAUCACGCUGCUCAUUGGGCCUCCACUGGCAGGAGUCCUGGUGGACAGGACAGGCCAGUACUAUCACGUCUUCUUUGCCUGCAGUGCCGUCGUUGCCUCGUCCGCCGUGUUCCUCAUUGUGUCUUUUUACUGGCUGGACAAAAGGGACAGGAAGUGGUCACAGCAGGGUCAACCAUCCGCACUGCCUGAACCAGCGAGACCUGCUCUGGACAUAGUUCCCGGCUGUCAGUACAGCAGCGUGCCCACAGAGGGAGACAGAGACAAGGCCUCGGCUAAUGGGGCGGAGUAUAUCACCAGCGUCUGAACCCUGCGUACACUGUGUGUCGCCCUCAGCACGCUUCACACUCUGGGUCAGACUGUCCUGCAGAUUAAUUUGUAAUGUUUGUGCCAGAUGUUGCAAAGCUUGCUUUUCUGUGGUUGAACGUCAUCUCGACCUGACCCGGUUUGAAUCUGGUACGCCAUAAAAGUCUAAACAAACACUAUGAAUGAUUUGCACUGUUUGACCACGGUUGGACACUUAAUCUUACGUACCAAAAUUAACAGAUGUGCACUUACAACUACAAUGUGAUUGUACUGUUUCUUGUAAAAAUGCUGCUGAUCUUAUAUAUGUGAUCACACAAUCUAUCAUACAAGCCAAGAGACACACAUGAUUCUUUGUUUGUAGAAAUCACUCAAGAUGCUUUCAGGAUGUUUGCUGGAGUUUAUUGGUGAAUUAGAAUAUGAGCUUACAGACACAAAGAGUGGCUCUGAGCAGGUAUCCGAGAGUGAUACAGUAGCCAGAGUGGUUGAAGUCAAAAUAACAAGCAAAUUUUGUGUUAAUAUGAAUGGGUGAAAUAAACGGGUGAGGAAAUGGGUGAGAAAAAAGCAAGUAGAAGAGUUAAAGGACCAGUGUGUAGGAUUUAGUGACAUCUAGUGGUGAAGUUACAGAUUGCAACCAUUUGAGUACAGCUCAGCCUUACGAGCACGUAACGAUUGUCUGUUCUGGGCUACUGUAGAUAAUGGUGAUCAUACACUAAUAAAGACACAUUAUAUUCCAGUUCUGCCAAUAGAUCCUCUUAAAAGUUGCACACUGGAACUUUAAACUAAGGAUAAUGUUCUUAUUCUAUUUUUUUUAUUGCCAACAAAUCUAAAAAAAAAAGACCAAAACCAUCAAUGAGUUUGCGUUUUAAGUUCCCAUCAUGCAAAGUGCAGACGGCAGACCACACAUGGCAGCUUCCCUUCUGGUCUAAACUGAUAAUCAGACUGAAUCUCUUUUUUGUUUCACUUCAUUCUUCAGACGGAUAUUUACAGUCACUAAUUUUCAUGACUGUAGCUGUGAAGAAAGAUGAUCUUUAAUCCCGCUCAAAGAAAUAAAGAAAUAUCGGUCAUUGGACACAACACCAGACCGAUAUGAAGUGAUUCAGAGGUCUGGAACCAGGCUUAAUAAUCGCCGCCUGAAGGCACUCUUAAUUCUUGUUUACACUGGCGCAGCUCCAAAACCAGGCCGGCACACAGCUCAGCAGCUCGUGCCGUUUGUACAUAAACAAAAUACCGACUAAUAAACUAAUGUUUCAGAAGGGUUUUUAGUGGCUGAAUCCAAAUGUUAAAGGUACCGUCUGUGCAAACACUUUACACAUCCACACUAUGUGCUGCUGUUUGAUUGUCAGCAGAUUGAGUUUCAGUUGCUGCCUGUGGUCUAUUUAGGGGAGUUGUAACACGAAGUGACGCACUGGCAGCCGUUGAGUUACAACUUUUUUGAGACUAAAUACAAGCACUUACAUUUGGGUGCUUGCCAAUAUGAGUACUUAAUAAUUCCAUUACAGUUCUAACAGUGACUUCCCCAGUGAAUUUCAGACUGUAACAAAUUAAACGUUGUGCUAAUGUUGUUGUAAAGUUUAGUUAAAAUAUCAAACUGCUGACAUUGCUUCUCCUCCGGCUACCUGCUCAACUAACGAGAGCUUACGUAACGUCUCGCUGCCGUAAAGGUGCAGCAUUGGAGUAGCAUCGGACACUGGUUUCAGUACCAGUGCAUCCCUAUUAUGCUUUAGGGCUCCAGGGUGUCUUUCAAUACUUUAUGACUUCUCAAACCUGUCUGUGACACUCAGUCCCGAACCCAGUGGUUCCUACUGAAGACCUAAAUCUUUAAAAACAGCUCAUAAAUAUGUAAUAAUAGUGUAUUAUUUAGGGACUAUUUUCAGCUGCGGAUUAAUCCACAUUUGCUGCUCUAGUGAGUAUUUACGGCCUGUUUCAGUACUUUCAAAAUAAAGUGUGUUUGUAGUAAAGAAGAAAGUUUUUUUUUAGAGCUCUAUGGCAGAGGAAGAACAUAUAUUCGGCUUUAUAUACAUUCAUUGUUGGUUUUGGUCUUUUUAUGGGAUUUAUUGAGAGUAAGAAAAAUCACUGGAAUUAUUCUUUAAAUAAUCAAUUUUACAUCUUCCUCGUCUUUAACUGUCAAUAACUUGUGAAGGCAUUAAACACCAACACGCUGAGCAUAUUUCACCCACGUUAUUGAGUGUGGGUCGCUUUAGAUCAUUGAAGGAAUAUAUAUUGUUCUUCACUCACUGUCACAUGUGAGAAAACUUUCUGUAGCAGCAGUAAUGAAUCAUGUUUUUGUGUUUUCGCCAGCUUUUCACUCCUUAAUGGAACAGUGCCUUUUUAUAUAUAGAUAUAGGAUAUAUAUAAAUAUAUAUAUGUAUAUAAGUGGUGUGUUUCUACACACAACCACAGGAUGAAUAUCACACGUUGAAUGUCAGCUUAAAAACUAAAACAAUCAUUUCACGAGAGGAGCAGACUGGAGGAGUCUCACAGUUUUAUGACACUGAGUUUACCUUCAUGUGACAGACUUCAGAUCAGUGAGACUAUAAUCGCACCACCUGCACAGGUUUGAACAAAGCUAUUUUAUGUCUGUCACAUGUGACUGAAAGAUUAAAUACACGUUUCAGGUAUGAGCUGUAUUGCAGUAAUUGAAAGUGUAACCAGCGAUCAGAGGAUUUAUUAGUAAUUUUUUUAAAGGCUUGUCUUGCUUUGGGCCAAAUUAUACCUUAUUAUAGAUUCUUUAUUUAUACAUGAUGAUCAGGAGGAAAAAUAAUAAAAUGAGUUUUAAAGUUG